UUUUUUUUUCUUUUCAUCUAUCCUUCAAUUUUUUUUAAUUAAAGAUGGCAUCAAAGGAACAACAAGCAGCCACCUUAAUCAAUCAACUUGCAAAAACAACCAAUGAAUAUGAUGAUGAACAAAGUCUAAGUUUAUGUGACCAAUUGAUAAGUUUACAAGGUGAAAACGAUAUUCUUCCUUUACAUUGUAAAGUCAUUACAUUGAUUCGCUUGGAAAAAUACAACGAAGCUCUUUCUCUCAUUAGUCGAAAAUUCCGCGACAAUAAAACCGUUGACUUGACUUUUGAAAAACUCUAUUGUUAUUACCGUACCAACCAAUGGCAACAAGCUUUUGACCUUUUAUCUUCUAUCAAAACAAACCAUUCUAACUCCUCAUCUUUACGGUUCUUGGAAGCUCAAUUGUUAUAUGGUCAAGACAAAUUCCAACCAGCAAUUGAUAUAUACGAAGCUCUUUUACAAGAAACUGAUGAACACGAUCCAUUGUAUGAAGAAAUUCAAGUCAACUUGUUAGCUGCUCGAACUGGAUUAGCUUUUGAUACACCCGAAACUCAAGAAGUAUCAGAUUUAAUUACUACAACUAGCUCUGGUUAUGAGGUCACUUAUAAUGCUGCAUCUAUUCAAUUGGCCCAAGGCAACUAUACUCGUGCUGCUGAAUUACUGGAAUUAGCAAGAAAACAAUGUAACGAUAGAUUGAAAGAUCAGGAUAUGGCUCAUGAUGAAUUAGAUGACGAAUUGGCCGUGAUUGCAACUCAGUUGGCAUAUACCUAUCAAACUCAAGGACGUGUCAAGGAAGCUAUGGAUAUUUAUCAGGAUAUUGUGGCAUCAAAGAUCGAUGAUACUGCUGUCAAUGCUGUGGUUGCUAACAAUCUGAUGACUUUACAAAAAACAGAUGACUUAUUUGAUUCCGCCAAAAAGAUCAAAGUGGCCACUGGAAAGGAUGCUGACACUAAACUCAAACAAUACCAGAAACGAAUCAUUUCUAUGAAUGAAGCACUUUUACAAAUGUUUAUGAACAAGCAUGGAUCUUGCAAAGAAAUUAUUCAACGUCUAAUUAAACAGUAUCCUAACAUGGACGAACUUUAUCUUAUUCUAACAGCAGCAACUUAUCAUCAACAAGAAAAAGCAGACAAAGCAUUGGAUGAACUGAAGGCAAUUGCAAAACAACAUCCAAAGUCAUUGGCCAUUCGAUUUGCCACCAUUCAACUCGAAUUAUUGUCAUCACAACCAGCCUCGGCUUUGAAGACAUUGGAAAAUUAUAUGGAUCAAGUACAGGAUGAUAAGGAAGCUCAUCGACCUGCUGUGGUUGCGUUAUUGGUUUGGCUUUAUGAACAAACAGGUCAAGCAGAAAAGGCAAUGAAAACUUUGGACCAGGCAUCAAACUAUUGGAAACAACAUCAUCAACACAUGAAUUCAAACUUACCAUCAUUACAAUCAUCAUCACAUUCAGCAACACCUUCUAUCUUGAAGCAAACCGCUGCAUUUAAACUCAAGACCGGUCGAUUCCAAGAAGCCGCUUUGGAUUAUGAACAAUUGGUCAAGGCUGAUCCUACAGAUAUACAAGCAAUCGCUGGUUUGAUUUCAGCUUAUGCAGAUAUCGAUCCUGUUAAGGCAGAACAAUAUGGAGAAACUCUUCCAGUCAUUGCUAGUGAUGCCUCAUUGAAUGUAGAUGAAUUGGAAAAUGUGGUUCCAGGUGUCAAAAAAGGUUAUGUGAAGAAAGAUCCUUCCAGUGGACAUAUCAAGAAACCAAGAAACAAAAAGAAAAGAUCACCUUUAUUACCCAAGAAUUAUGAUGAAAGCAAGACUCCUGAUCCGGAACGAUGGAUGCCAGCUCGUGAUCGAUCUACAUAUCGUGCCAAGGGUAAGGCAAAGAAGGCAGCUACAAGAGGACCACAAGGAAUGGCCAUGGAAGGAGGAGGUAUUGGUACUACUGGAAGUGCAAGGAUCGCUGGACGUACAGUAGAAUCACCAUCAUCACCAACUACAGAAGAUAUCAAACCCGUUGCUUCAAGUGAAACUAGUCCGGCUGCUACCAAAGCUACCUCAUCCAGCAAGAAUACAAACAAGUCCAACAAGAAAAAGAAAAAGGGUGGAAAAAACAAGUGGUGAUCAUAUUAUAGAAUCAUAUUUUUAGUUUAGUUGUAUUUAUAUAUUCUAUAUACAUAUAUUUUGGUUGAAAUGGUUGAAUAAUAAU